CCUUCUCGCAGAAAAAAAAAACCCAUUGUAAGGCAAAGCAGUGUGUGUUACAGGAGCGGAGUCAAGUCAGGCCGGGGACUGCUCUUCCUCCGCCGUUCACGGCCUGCUCGCCGGCGAUGGCUCAUAACCCGCGUUACCUCCGGCGCCUCCUCCUCAUCGCCGCCGCCGCGGCCUUCAUCUACAUCCAAGUGCGGCUCUUUUCUACCCAGUCCUCUCAAGACGCCGGACGCGUCGUCCACGCGGAAGCAGAUCAACCUGAUCUCCCCGUCGCCGCUGUUGUCAUAAUGGCUUGCAAUCGACCAGACUAUUUGCAGAGGACAGUUGAAUCUAUCCUCAAGUAUCAGAAAGCAGUUGCUUCAAAAUUCCCACUGUUUAUAUCACAGGAUGGAACUAAUGGAGAAGUAAAAAAUAAGGCCUUGAGUUAUGCCCAAAUAACAUUUAUGCAGCAUGUAGAUCUUGAACCUGUGCACACUGAAAGUCCUGGGGAAAACAUUGCAUAUUACAAGAUAGCUAACCACUAUAAACGGGCCUUGGAUGAGCUAUUCAUUAAGCAUAAUUUUGGUCGAGUAAUCAUUCUGGAAGAUGACAUGGAGAUAGCCCCAGAUUUCUUCGACUACUUCGAAGCUGCAGCGAAAUUACUUGAUACUGACAAGUCGAUAAUGGCUGUUUCUUCUUGGAAUGACAAUGGGCAGAAGCAGUUCGUUUAUGACCCAAAAGCUCUUUAUCGUUCGGACUUCUUUCCUGGGCUUGGAUGGAUGCUAACAAAGUCAACAUGGAUGGAGCUAUCACCAAAGUGGCCCAAAGCUUAUUGGGAUGAUUGGGUGAGGCUAAAGGAGGUACACGGAGGUCGGCAAUUUAUUCGACCAGAAGUAUGCAGAACAUACAACUUUGGCGAGCAUGGAUCAAGCAUGGGACAGUUCUUCGAUCAGUACUUGAAACCAAUCAAGUUAAAUAAUGCUCAUAUUGACUGGAACUCCGAGGACCUGAGCUACCUCACGGAGGACAAGUUCUUGAUCAAAUUUGGGAAAGAUGUCGCUAAUGCCACACCUGUGCGUGGAUCCGAUGAUUUGUUGAAGGCCCACAAUCUGGAUGUGGACGUAAGGAUUCAGUAUAACGAUCAGAGCGAUUUCGAGCGUGUAGCUCGUCAGUUUGGAGUAUUUGAAGAGUGGAAGGACGGUGUUCCACGGGCAGCUUACAAGGGUGUGGUGGUCUUCCGAUACGAGAGCAGUCGAAGACGAAUAUACCUUGUCGGCCCUGACUCUCUUCGUCAACUUGGGGUUUAGCUUAGCGGUGCCGAGAUUCACACAACAUGCUGUGUGGUUGAAAAUCUGAUUCUUCAAGUCGUGGCAUCAUAGGGACGUUGUACAUUCAGAUUUUCAGAUACAUGUCAGCAAUGUAAAGUAUUAACCGAACAACAUAAGUUGGUAUAUGACGGCCAACAGUGAUACCUGGAGCUACUGCGUGCUGCUCUAUGAGCUCAUCACGGGGCGCCGGUGUGUCGAUGGGGAACCGCCCAGAGGACGAGCAGAAGGUGCUGGACUGGGUGAAACCAUAUCAUCUAGGUGUUGAUCUGAAUCCCUUUAUUUUCUACAUCCAUACCUGAAUCCUGGUUGAACAUACACUAGUAUAUGUGCUGGUGUAUUGAGUGAUCUAUUCCACCCAAAAGAAUGACAGUCUGCAGCUUCAGCUGUAAAUGGAGAUUAUUUAUAUGUUGUAAUCACAGACUAUAUAUUUGUAAUCCAAACAACUCGAUGCAUUGGCAUCCAUUACAUUUUUUGAAUGGCAUGAAACAUCUUUUUUUGAAUUA